CUUCUCUUCUUUACGCGUCACAGUGUUGCCUUCAUACUUUUCUCUUCAGGACGAUGUGCGCAGCCGAGAAUGGAGGACGCCAACGCGCUUGAAGAACUCCAGUCGGAGCUCACCUGUCCUGUGUGUCUGGAGCUUUUCCGUGAUCCGGUGAUCCUCGAGUGCGGACACCACUUCUGCCAGGUGUGCAUAAUCCAGUGUUGGGAAGCCAAGGCGGACGAGUUGUCGAGUUGUCCAAAGUGUAGGAAGUCGUGCGGCCGUAAACUGCGACCCAACUCGCUUCUGUGCAACGUCGUGGAUAGUGUACGGAGAGCCCGUGCCACGGACACGGCCUCCGGGGUAACCGGAUGGGACCCGGAAGGUGCGCUAGAGGAACCGGAGGAACGGGAGCUUGGCUCCAGCAUGAGCAGCGUAGCCUCGUCCACCGGGCAGUGGCCGCGCCUGAGUAUGGAUAUGUGCGAGGAGCAUGAGGAGAAGCUGAAGCUUUACUGUGAGGACGACCAGAUUCCCAUUUGUCUGGUGUGCGGGAUGUCCCGGGACCACAAGACCCAUAAUGUCAUCCCCAUUACCGAGGCUUUUGAAAACUACAAGGAUAAGCUGUCUGUCGCUCUAGAGAGGGUUCAGCUGCAGACAGACAAGGCCACACUUUUCCAAAGACAGACCAAUGAAAAGAUCCUCUUCAUGAAGGAGCGAGCAGGAGAUCUGGAGGAGCUGGUCACUGCAGAGUUUAGCCGUCUGAGGGAGUUCCUACGCGAGGAGGAGGAGCGCAUAAAGGAGAAACUGCAGAAGCAGAAAGAGGAAAAGCUCAACCAGCUGGAGGAGGCACUCACUCAGACCACAGAGCAUAUCAGUCAAUUGGAAAGUACGGCCGAGAAGCUUUGUGUCAAACUGAGUGCAGUAGAAAACCCAGAGCAACUGAAGGGAAUUAAAGAUUUCAUUGGAGGGGCUGAGAGCUUGUUUGAGCGACCCCCAGAGGUGAGCGUCAUUCUGCAGCCGGGAGAGUUCCUGGGACCUUUGCAGUACAGGACCUGGAGGAAAAUGAGCUCUAUUUUACAGCCCGCCGUCACAGCAGUGACCCUUGACCCGGACACAGCCUACCCAUGCCUGUGGGUUUCACCGUGUCGUACCAGUGUCCAGGUGGGAAAAAUCCAGCCCAACCUGCCCAACAACCCAGAGCGCUUCACCCGCUACAACAUCAUCUUGGGCUCUGAAGGAUUCUCCUCUGGCAGACACUACUGGGAGGUGGAGGUGGGCUCCAAGACAGCGUGGGGUCUGGGUGUGGCCAGAGCCUCCGUCAACAGGAAGGAGGAGGUCAGCCUCUGCCCAGAAGAUGGUUUCUGGACCGUGGUACUGAGGGACAACUGCAACGGCACCAGUGAGUAUGAAGCAUGCACCGACUCAGAGGAGAGCUUGUUAUAUCCCUCCAAACCCCCCAGGAGGGUGGGGGUCUAUCUGGACUAUAGUCGCGGUGAAGUGGCAUUUUAUGAUGCUGGAGACAUGAGUCACCUCUUCACUUUCUAUGACGCAAAAUUCAAAGAGCCCGUUUUCCCGUACUUCAAUCCCUGGCCGAUUAUCAAUGGACACAACCGUGAACCGCUCACCAUAGUAACACCACACUGGGGAUACAUGUAAUUUUUGUCAGAGGACUGACGCUCUGCAUCAGCAUGUUCAGAAUAAAACUGCAGAAGAAGAUUUAGCCCUUGAUGAACUUAUAUGGACAUGAGCAUUCACACAUCUGCUUGUCAGAAAGACUGCAGAAGAAGCUGCAUUAAUGAUAAGACAAAUUACACUUUAAAGGACAUGGCUGUUGAUAUUCUAGUUUUUUUCUUAUUGUCAACAAAUCCCAUGAAAAGGCCUGAACCAACAAUGAAUUGACCUUACUGACAAGUAUUGUCUGUGUAUCCAAAGCAUGAUAUAUCAUAUACCAUUUUUACACCAAUAUUAGCGCAAAAAACAAUAAAACAAAUCAAUGAGCCUUUUAAAUAUCUAUGCUAUAUUUUGUGACAUUUUUUCUCAUUUUCAUCUAAGUGGAAAUGAAAGAUGCUGAGGUCCAGAAAAGUAUUGUGAGACAGACUCACCACCUUGUUGACAAUAACAAAAAUAUAGAAUAGCCUUAUUCUUUAAGAUUUUGUAUUGGUUCUGAUUCAUGAGAAAUGGGGUAAGGCAUAUUGCUUGCUAAUGUAUCCAAAGACAUAAAGGCUCCUUGUGAAGUUUUACACCUCUGGUAGGGCUAUGAGCUGUUUUUCUAUGAGUGUGUCUUGCUUUGUGUAUCUCGUUCUGCCAGUGGUUUCACACUAUUUCACUGAUCAACUGGUGGCAAUUACAUGCGAAGAUAUGCUGCAAUGUGCCAACAAAGACUGGGAAAAAGACUGCAAGCUAGUACACAUUCAUGUAAACCAUGCUGGAUUUAAAAUACUAAAAAGAUCUGCUCCACAUUACUUUGACACAUCUUUUAGAGCUCAGUACACGAUAGUGUUUAUUGGUGAGUGACACUGAAUGUAAAUACAACUUCUGUUUGUCUACAAGAAAAUUCCACAUGGCUCCUUUCGCUGGUAGAAGGUCUCUGUUAAAAUGUUUUGAAAUUGUAAUGAUUCAUUUUGCUGCAAUAUUGUAUUGUGUGAUUUCAAAUCGAUCGGCCGCAUGCCUCUGGAAGUGUCUUGCUUAGGGACACAAUGGUGGAUGUCUCACAGUGGGGAUCGAACUCAGGUCUCCCACAUCAAAGGGUAGCAAUGAUGUGUAUUGUAGAUUUAACACAAGUAAUAUUGACUUGCCUCUAAUGUCCCACCACCACACACACACACACACAACGAUGUGAAAAUGUAAUUUCAAAAUACUUUCUGACUGUCAUGAGCAGAGAAAACACUUCAGAAAUUUGGAAUAAAAUUUUUAUGUUG